UGGUGCCUGUGCAAGGAUAUGAAAUGUUUCUGUAGUACCACCAUCGCUCAAAGCUCCUGCAAGUCUUUGCAAGCUGGCAGUUCUUUUCCCCUCUGUCUGGAAAGUUCAUCUACAGUAGAGCCUACUAACCAGCCCAUGUAGAAGAAUGAGAGGAGAGAAGCUGUUACUACCAAUGGUACUAAUGUCUGUGAUGUUGAGUUUUUUAACAAUACAGACAUCUUAUGGGCAGGACUUGGCAGAGGAGCCCUGCACUGUUCAGAUCCUUGUCCCUGGACUCAAAGGAGAACCAGGAGAGAAAGGACAAAAAGGAGCACCAGGAAGACCGGGAAGAGUUGGCCCUCCUGGAGAGAUCGGGCAACCUGGGCUCAAAGGACAGAAAGGAAUUAUGGGACGUUACGGAAAAGUGGGCCCAAGUGGAAUGAAAGGGGUAAAAGGAGACAGUGGGGAUCCAGGUCCAAGGGGCCCUGACGGAGAGCCAGGUAUCCCGUGUGAGUGCACACCGAUGAGAAAGAUGAUUGGAGAAAUGGACAUUCUCGUGGCCCAACUUUCCUCUGAACUGAAAUUCAUUAAAAAUGCACUGCCCUCCCCUGCAGCUGUUGCUGGCAUAAAAGAGACAGACAGUAAAGUCUAUCUGUUGGUGAAGGAGGAGAAACGCUACUCCGACGCUGAGGUCUACUGUCAGAUGAGGGGAGGGCACCUGGCCAUGCCCAAGGAUGAGGGAGCCAACACUGCCAUUGCGGGGUACAUUACUGAAACAGGCCUGAGCAGAGUCUACAUUGGCAUUCAUGACCUGGACCGGGAGGGUGUUUUCACCUACGUGGAUCGCUCUCCAAUGACCACUUUCAGCAAAUGGAGGAAAGGAGAGCCAAACAACGCCUAUGAUGAUGAGGACUGUGUUGAGAUGGUGGCCUCUGGGGAGUGGACUGAUGUGGCGUGCCACCCCACCAUGUAUUUUGUCUGUGAAUUUGACAAGGACAGUAUCUGAGUGCAGUCCUUAGCAAACAGCUGCUAGAAGAUUUGAUAAAUAUAAUGGAACAAAAGUUAGACGCAUUCACUGUGUUUGUGUGAUACCUUCUAUCUGUAAAUAUGAGGAAAAAAUGACAUCUAAGUUGUGCAAACUCAUAUUUUCUUUUCUUCCCUUACAAGCAUUACAAGCUAUUUAUUUUCUUAAUUCACACAACAACCAACAAGUUUGUUCUUUGUGUUAGAAUCUUACUCACUUUAAGUGCACCCUUAAUCUCAUACUCUGUGACUCAUUAAUGUUCCUGACAGUAUGCAAGGUAAUAUACUGAGUUUUUGUUAUGCAAAGUAUCCACUGAGCAAUAUUUGCUACAGUGCCAUCAACAAACAAGGCAAAUGAGCAAAUGCAGAGGGGCUGUAGAUUUUGUGGGAAAUAUGAAAUUAAAAGAACGAUUUUGGUUCCAGUUGAGUGCUUUUAAUCAGAGAAAUUGAAUACACCAUACAUUUUAUGUUCAUAUUCGUAUUCAUAUAAUAAGUUAUGUGGAGGUUGUUGUACAAUAAACAUUCACUAGUAAUUUAAAAAAGAGACGGUGUCUAAUAAUUAUUUUCUGCCACUGAGCUGACUAAACUUAUGGGUGGAACUGUGCUUUGAACCGAAUCCUGAGCUAGUGUAACACAGCCUCCACCCAGUGCAUAAAAACUGAACUGCACUGUAAUGGUCUCUUCAAAUGGGAUGUAUGUUUUGUGGUUUUGGCUGCUCCAUGGGCCUUUUCACAUCAGACAUUUUGACUUGUCACAGUAGGAAAAGCACAGGUGUUAACAUUAAAUUUGCUCUGUUGGAACUGAAGCAGCUAAAUAAAAUUCUGCCACCAUUCAUUUUAUUAUUUACACUUUGUUCUCUCUACUGUGACAUAGUAAAAUUUCUUCUGUGAAAAGGCCUAUUGUGCUUUUUAAAAAGGUAUCUACACAAACUGUUGCUAUCUAGGAUAAAAAUCCAUGAUAUAAAAGUGAAUGUUGAGCUUGGACCUCUGGUGGAGUGGAGUUCUUAAAACUGUUAUGUGGUAUUGAAAAAAUACCGUGUAUGUGAUGUUAUUUCUGCUUAACCAAGUUAUACUGUGUAAAUGUUAAACCCUGAAAACAUGUUUAUAUUGCAUUCCCAAACCCUAAGCCUCUGUCAACAGAUAAGACCACCCUCUGUAGUAUGCAAACAUCCUUUGGAUGCAAUAACUCGAGUGACCUCACAUCUUAAAACAUCCACAUUCCAGUUUCUCGCUUUAAAUAGUGCAUGUUCACAAUUUCUGACUUACCAACGGUAGGAAACAGUGAUUACAGACUGUAAAAAAUUUAAUUUUUUAAAAAUGGGUGGGACUGACCUUUAAGAGUGUCAACGGAAACGCUCCCACUGCAGCUCCCUGAUCCUCCACUUGACAAGACACAGGAGUCAUCUCUUUGGGAAACCAUACAUUGCAUGCCAGAUGCACUGGAGGAAUAUCACUAAAAGAAACAGCACAUAUAGAUUUUAAUCUACACAUCAGAUUUAAUUGUGAUGCUUUAAAUGGGAUAUUUAUUUGGACUCAAUUGUUGGAGAUUUUUCUAUAUUAAUAUUGCUUUGAAAAAAUGUUGAAAUCUAUCUUAGGCAGUGAAUUGAAUCUGAUGGUGUGGACUUAACAAACUGCAGUCUUGAUUGUUGUACUAAGAUAAAUUAACACGGGCAGUUUUCCUGUGA